UGGGAAGCUGGUGGGAGGAGAACAGGCCAACAGACUAUAUAGUCAAACAUGUUCCAGAUUUCCAGCGCACCAUCCCGGAGCAGCUAACCCCAGCAAAGCACGGUCAGGGUUUCUUGAGAGGUUCGAGUAAGUUGUAAUAAAAGAUGUGUGACGAGGAAGACACUACUGCACUGGUGUGCGACAAUGGUUCUGGACUUUGUAAGGCUGGCUUCGCUGGGGACGAUGCUCCGAGAGCAGUAUUCCCUUCCAUUGUGGGUCGCCCCAGGCAUCAGGGUGUGAUGGUGGGUAUGGGUCAGAAGGACAGCUAUGUUGGUGAUGAAGCUCAGAGCAAAAGAGGUAUCCUGACCCUGAAGUACCCCAUUGAACAUGGCAUCAUCACAAACUGGGAUGACAUGGAGAAGAUUUGGCAUCACAGUUUCUACAAUGAACUCCGUGUGGCACCAGAAGAACAUCCAACCCUUCUCACAGAGGCUCCAUUGAAUCCCAAAGCAAACAGAGAAAAAAUGACCCAGAUAAUGUUUGAGACAUUCAACGUACCAGCCAUGUAUGUUGCUAUCCAGGCGGUGCUAUCACUUUAUGCUUCUGGCCGUACAACUGGUAUCGUACUCGACUCUGGUGAUGGUGUCACCCACAAUGUACCAAUCUAUGAAGGUUAUGCCCUCCCUCAUGCCAUCAUGCGUCUUGAUCUGGCUGGCCGUGACCUAACAGACUACCUCAUGAAGAUCCUGACUGAACGCGGCUAUUCUUUUGUAACUACUGCUGAGCGUGAAAUUGUCCGUGACAUCAAAGAGAAGCUGUGCUACGUGGCUCUGGACUUUGAAAAUGAAAUGGCCACAGCUGCCUCUUCUUCUUCCCUUGAAAAGAGCUAUGAACUUCCGGACGGUCAGGUCAUCACCAUUGGCAAUGAGCGGUUCCGCUGCCCUGAAACUCUCUUCCAACCCUCUUUCAUUGGAAUGGAAUCUGCUGGUAUCCAUGAAACCACAUACAACAGUAUCAUGAAAUGCGACAUUGACAUCAGGAAAGACCUGUAUGCCAACAACGUAUUGUCAGGAGGUACUACAAUGUAUCCUGGCAUUGCUGACAGAAUGCAAAAGGAAAUCACUGCUUUAGCCCCCAGCACAAUGAAAAUCAAGAUCAUCGCUCCUCCAGAACGCAAGUACUCAGUCUGGAUUGGUGGAUCCAUCCUGGCGUCCCUGUCCACCUUUCAGCAGAUGUGGAUCAGCAAACCAGAAUAUGAUGAAGCCGGCCCCUCUAUUGUGCACCGCAAAUGCUUUUAAAUGUCCUUUUAUAUUGUCUUUAAUUCCAAGUUAUAUCUUCAAGUGUGCUCAGAAGAGUACAUGGCCACCAUUUCAUUCCAAAAUAUGUCUUAGGCUUCAAUUUGAUAAAGUAUUUUUUGUUUGUUUGUUACGAAUAAAGCUUAAACUAUUCUACCAGUAAA